UCACCCUGCCAUGUAAGGACGAUCAGCAGUAUGUUCCCAUACUGACUCACAAGCACACAAGCAGAGACAGUCACAACACUGAGAUCAUCGACAGGAAGGGCCACAGACAACUGCUCUAAAACAGGGUGUACCACAAACUGAGAGAACCCCAGUAGAGUCAAGAUGCUGACAGACGAGGCGUCUCAGAUACAGGAGGUUCGGUACUGUCUGAAGACUUUGAGGGAACAGAUGGCUGCCAGGCAGAAUAGCACCAACAAAAAGCCUCCAGCCAAUGGUUACAAAGUCAGUGUCACCCUACCAACAACAAUUGUGGCUAAUGGUAACACUGUUGGGACUGAAUUGGAAACACAUGUGUGUUCUACAGAGGAGAGUGCAAAACUAAGGGAGUUGAGCAAGCGCCUGUAUGCCCAGAUGAAGGAAACAGAGAAGAGGCACCAAGAGGAAAAAGACCGUUUGCAGGCUGAGAGCAAUGAGUUCCGCAGGCGUCUCGAUGAGCGGUCAGAGCGCCUGAAGCUGGUAGAAGGGAAAGUGGUGGAGCGGGACAAGAAAGUGGAGGAGUUGGAGAGGCUCCUGGGGGGAAUGGAACGGGAGGCUGCUUCACUGAGGGACAACAUUUCUGCCAGCGAGGCUGAACUUCUACAGUGGAGAGCAGCCAAAGAAGAAGGGGCAGAGAAAGAGCAGAGGAUUGAGGAAUUGGAGAAGGAGCUGGCCGUUCUGAAGCAGAAGAUUCAUCAUUUGGACGAUAUGCUAAAGUGCCAACAGAGGAAGGUCCGCCACAUGAUUGAACAGCUACAGAACUCUCGGACAGUUAUACAGGAGAGGGAUCGUGUAAUCAGGGAUCUGGAGGAGAAGGUGGCUUUCCUGGAGGCUGAGAACACAGAGAUGCGUGACCAGAUGGAGUACCUCCUGGAGGGCCAGACACCCCCAUCUACGUCAACUAUAGAGACCAAAAACAAGCCACAGAUAAUCUACAGCAAGCCAAUAACACCCUCAUCAUUGGAUGGCAACAAGUCACUUCCUUUAAUCAGAGUCAUCGAAAUCAAGUCCUAAGCAGACAGAGAGAGGGAAGGAGAUAAAAAUCCAGAAACACUGACAGAUAAAAGAAGAGAAAUUAUCAGGGAAAAAUAUGGUAAACCUUACUGUAUAAACCUGUCUAAAAGCUUCUGUAAGCUGCAACUCGCAUAUAUUGUAUAUAUUUACUAUAUAUAGCCUUCUCUUAGUGCUGAUACCAGUAUCUAAUGCUUUAUUGUGAUUUGAUGUCUGAAAUACACUAUCAUUGGUAAAUGCACUUUGUUUUGUUUUUUGUACAAACAAUGUGACCCUGUUUUUUCUUAUCAAAUGUCCAACUUGCCUUCCACACUGCUCUAUAUGUUACAUUCCUCAAUGAUUGCUGUGUGCCUUACACCAUAAUGCAGUUGAUUGUUAACAUUGUUAUUAUGGGUCCAAUUUAUUUUUGGCCUCUUAUACUAACCUGAUUUACCUCUGUUAGUUAAAAAUCAAGUAGUUCAACUGUUCAAUUGCAAAGUGUGGUGUCUCACUGAUGUGUCAGGAAACUUUAAAAACUUUGUUGAAAUCUUCCCUACCUUCUCAGCAUCAAUGUGAAAGUGACUUAAAGAUGUCUCACUUCCCACCAUUAGAGACUUGAGGUAUCAGACCUGGAUGGUGUUAGGGUUAGUGUUUAGUGCUAUAUUGUUGGUGAUGAUACUUGUUUCUGUUACAGUCAUUGUUUUUUUUUUACAAAGCAUGCUAAUUUAACAUGUUAAUAUGUUAAUUUAAUCUGUCCCUCUGUCUUUUGUACAUAGAAGUUGUAUAGUACUAAUGUGCAUAUAGUCCUUGUACUUUAGCUGUGUCUCUGUUUGUCAAAAUAAAGCUUAUUUGAAGUA